AUGCGCCUUAACAUUGUUGACGGAGCCUCGGCGCGACGAUAUGGACGGACAACUUCCCGGACGUCCGUGGUAAUGGGGCAGUACGGCCGCUAUGGGUCGGCCGCACAUCGUUCCCAGCCAUGGCAGGUGGUGUCGGCGGUGUGUGCGGUGGCGAUGCUGCUGUGCAACUUUCACCGAUCUGUCUUCACGGCGCUGCUGCCGCUGAUUGCCGGGUCACUGGCGCUGACACCUUCAGAGGUUGGCCUGGUUCAGUCGUCCAUGCUGUGGGGCUACUUGGCGGGGCAGAUACCUGCCGGUCGACUGGCGGAUGAGCGGGGUGGCGACAGCAGCGGCCACCUGCUGGCGCUGGCUGUACUCCUGGCGGCCCGCGUGUGCGUGGGCGUGUUCUCCUCCGUCAUCAUGCCCUCCGUGUCCGCCGCCACCGCGCAAUGGGUGCCCGCGCCGCGGAAGGCCGCCACGCUGGCGCUCAUCUACGCCUUCUUCAACGUGGGCGGCGUGCUGGGCCUUAUCGUGGCCCCCCACUUGGCCAGCCGCGGAGCUGGCGGCGGCGGCGGCUGGGCGUCCGCGUUCGUCACCGCCGCCGCCGGGGGGGUCCUGUGGGCCUUGCUGGGCAGUGCUGCCGUGGCGCGGGCCCAGGGCCCAGCGCUGGCGGCGGCGGCGGCGGCGGCCUCAACGGCCGCCGAUGGUGAAGGGGGAGAAGCCUGCGAAGCCGUUUUGGACAGUUCCGGGCGGAGGGCCAGUGCCGACCCAUGGGUCACUGCAUCUGAUUACGGUGAUGAUUCCAUCACGGCACGACAGAGCCGCACCCUGAUACAGGUAGCAGCGCUUUGUUGGUGUCACGUGGUGAUUGGCUGGGGCUUCUUCGUGCUGCAAGCCUGGAUACCGAUGUACCUCCAGUCCUUGGGCGUCACGGACCUCGCUAAUGCAGGCCUACUGGCUUCACUGCCCUGGCUUGCGGCUGCCUUCACCGCCACUGCCGCCGGCGGCCUGGCGGACGGCCUGGUGCGCAGCGGCCGAAUGAAACGGCUUGCCGUACGCCGCUGCAUGCACGCGGUGUCGACACUGGGCUGCGCCGUGGCCGUGUUGCCGCUGGCGGCGGCGCCGGGGGGGUCGUUGCCGCCGGCAGCAGCGACGGCGUGCCUGGUGGCGGCGGUGGGAUGCUACGGCUUCAGCUUUGGCGGCUUCCACGCUUACAUACAGGCAAGCGUCACCAUCGUACCCCAAGUGCUAAAAUCUCAAAUCCUGAACUCGCGUCCUUCUCCACCCCCCGACACGACAUUGGCCUCCACGGCCCAACAGGCUCAUGACGUGGCUGCUGCGGAUGCGGGUCAGCUCCUAGGUCUCACCAACACGGGCAGCAUCCUGGGGGGCAUCGCGGGCAACCUGGCCACGGGCGCGGUGUUGCAGGCCACCGGCGGCUACUGGGCUGUGUUUUGGAUCGCGGCUGCAUUGUACGGCACCUCCUGGAUCUGCUUCCUGUGUUUGCUCCAGGGAGACCCCAUCUCCUUGGUGGACCUUACGCGCACCGACCGGCGGCCGGGAGCAGCAAAACCCCAACUUGCCCCCCAUUGA